UGCACCACUCAAACGAAUGGAGAUUCAUCUCCAUCUCCAUGUCUUGAUGAUCCUUGUAAUUGUGUCAACGUCAGGCAGCCCCCUCGCCGGUGGGCUCUGCCGCGAGAGCUGCGGUGGCAUCCCGGUGCGCUAUCCCCUGAGCAUCGACGACGGGUGCGGCAGUCCGUACUACCGCAACAUGCUGACCUGCGCCGACAAUGCCACGCUCCGGCUCCGCACGCCGUCCGGCACGUACCCGGUCGUCGCUGCCGACUACGCAGACCCGCACCUCGUCGUGACGGACCCCUCAAUGUGGACGUGCGAGCGGCCGUUCACCUCCGUCCGCGCCGCGCCCUUCAGCCUGGACACCAGCACCCGCUUCUCGCUGUCACCGAGGAACGACUACCUCUUCUUCGACUGCGACGAGGAGCGCGUCAUCGUGGCGCCACGGCCGGCGGUGUGUGACCGGUACCCGGAGCGGUGCGACUCGGCGUGCGACAGCGCGGGGUACCUAUGCCGGAACCUGCCCGGGUGCCGGGGCGCGCUGGAGGAGAACAACAUGAGCUGCUGCGCGUACCGACCCCGCGCGGCGGAGUCGCUGCGCCUGAUGCUGCGACACUGCGAGUCGUACACCAGCGUGUACUGGCGCGCGGUCGGGGACAAGUUCCCGCCCUAUGACCAGGUGCCGGCGUACGGCGUGCGGGUGGACUUCGAGAUCCCCGUCACGACGCGGUGCUUGCAGUGCGAGGACCGGCGGCGCGGGGCCGGUGGCACGUGCGGGUUCGACCCGGCGACGAGGGACUUCGUCUGCAUCUGCGACGACGGUAGGAACUCCACCACGGACUGUGCAGGUGGUCCCGUUUCCACGUAUCAUGCAUCAGCUGGAGUUGUUGCCGCAAGCGUUGUGUUCUCAGUGUCAGCAGCCAUUGGCAUCACCGGACUUCUGUGGUACAUUCGCAAGAUUAAAUCGACCACAGUGGUGACUUGUGGGGUUCAAAGCAAUGAAAAUAGAUUUUUUUGAUUUGAGAUGACUACAAGAAAUAUUUGGCUGUGGGUGGAGUGCACGUCAUUGCUUCCUUUUGUCAUAUUCCAGGAUUUUAUUUGAGAAACUUAUAGUUUUUGAAUUCGUUGAUUUAUGUCAUGUACAUAUAAGGAAUUGUGAACUAUUUUUGGGUAAGAACAAGCAAAACUGAUUAAGCAUAUGGUUAAUACAGA